CGGUUUUCAUACUGCUGCUUGGAGUUUCAUGGGCGUGGUCGAACUAAUCCUUCUAUAUGUAUGAGUGCAACGCUUUGAAAAAGUUCCAACAACAGUCAAGCUGUCAUUUAUGUCGUUGCAGCAGGGUAUGUAAACAGGAAGAGUCAAGAAGGAGGCUUAUUUUUAAUGCAGUCACAUGCUGGCCCAUGGUAGUGGAAAUUCUCUUUCUGUGUAAACAGAGAGCUGUGAACUCAGUCAGUAGCUCUCGCAUUCAAAAACGACACACUACCACUGCUUACUUAGUGUCAAACUGAGGAGUUUGCCAAUACGUUUUUAUUUACAAAAUGAGAGCUGCAAGAUUGUUAUGAAAUUGACAACAACGUUUUUGUUAGGAGCAACGACAUCUAUGGAUUCGCGGAGGAUAGAUUUGGACCCUGAGGAGCAGUUUCUUCGCGAUGCCCGGAAUGGUAACAUUGAGGAAGUUCAGAAGCUGCUGGAUUCCAGGAGACAAGGAAAGACAAACAUUGAUAUAAACUGUAAAGGGAAAAGCAAGUCUAAUUUGGGAUGGACUCCUCUUCAUCUUGCCUGCUACUUUGGACACAAACAUGUGGUGGAGGAACUGUUAAAGGCUGGUGCAGAAGUAAAUGUGCUUAAUGACCUGGGGGAUACGCCCCUGCAUCGUGCAGCAUAUACUGGGAGACAGGAGCUGGUUAUGCUGCUGUUGCAGUACCAUGCAUUUGCUACUAUUAAAAAUGGCACAGCACAGACACCAAAAGAAGUUACUCAGGACAAAGAAAUACAAAUAAUGUUAGAAGCUGCAGAAAGGACUGAAGAGAGGAAGCUUGAGGAGAUGCUCUUAGCAGCAGUGAGGGAAGGGCAGACCGGUGCACUCACUGAACUGCUCAACAGGUCAAAGCCUCCCAAUAUCAACUGUGUAGACCUGCUUGGCAACACCCCGUUGCACUGCGCAGCGUACCGAGGCCAAAAGCAGUGCGCGCUGAAACUUCUCAGGAGUGGGGCAGACCCCAGCAUCAAGAACAAAAACAAUCAGACUGCUCUUGACCUUGCAAAGGGAGCUGAGAUGAAAGAAAUACUCGAGGGCAGUCCUCUGAAGGGUGUGAACCGAACCUUGCAGAAAUUUCAAGGACCUGUUUGGAAGAGUUCCCGCUUCUUUGGUUGGCGGCUUUAUUGGGUGGUUCUCCAAGAUGGAGUUUUGUCCUGGUAUCCAAAACAGUCAGAUGCUGCAGCUAAUAAACACCGGCAGGGAUGCAAGCACCUCACACAAGCUGUCUGCACGGUGAAAUCCAGAGACGACUCCCUUUUCUCUGUUAAGUGCUUCGAUGAUAGCGUCCACAACUUUAAAGUGCAUCCAAAAAAUGCACCAGAGCUUACAAGAAACAAAUGGCUGGAAGCAAUAGAGGAGCAUUCUGCCUACAGCACCCACUACUGCUCCCAGGACCAGGUGAGCGAGGAGGAAGAGGAAGAUGAGGUAUCUGUGGGGCAGCUGAGUGAUUCAUUACAGAAAGCACAAGCAUGCCAGCAAAAGUUGAAGAAGGAAGUAUCUAGUUUUCUUUCAAUGGUAAAAGAAAACAAGGUUACAAAAGGUUUGCCUGUUUCAGUCCUCCAGAAGUUAAAGGAGCUUUCUGAAGUUUCUUCUGAGACCUGUGCAGCCCUGAGCAACUGCCUCACACUUUUCACCAAGCAACAAGGGGUGCAGAGCUUGAGACUGGAGCAGGAACAAGAGAAGAGUAAGAUUCUUUCUGAGGCUCUGCAGACUCUGGCGACGGAGCACCACGAACUCGAGCAGUCUGUUGUGAAAGGAUCUCCACCUCAAAGUGUGCUUAGUGAAGAUGAGUUUUAUGACGCUGUUUCUAACUCUGAUUCGGAGCACUCUUUGAGUGGAUUUGAAACUGUUACAAGCCAUUCCUUUGACGAAGAACCCGUCAGCUACAGCAGCGACCGCAGCAGCCAAACCAGAAUGGCAAAUAACCAUGGCAAUGAGCAGCCCCAGUCCAACGGAAUCAAGAAACACAGAACAAGCUUACCCGCACCCAUGUUUUCUAGGAAUGAUUUCAGUAUCUGGAGUAUCCUUAAAAAAUGCAUUGGAAUGGAGCUCUCCAAGAUCACCAUGCCUGUGAUCUUCAAUGAACCGCUCAGCUUCCUGCAGCGCCUCACCGAGUACAUGGAGCACACGUACCUCAUCCACCAAGCGAACGCGUCCUCAAACUCCAUUGAGAGAAUGCAGUGUGUUGCAGCCUUUGCUGUUUCUGCUGUUGCCGGGCAAUGGGACCGAACGGGUAAACCAUUCAAUCCGCUUCUGGGUGAAACUUACGAGCUUGUCAGAGAGGAUUUGGGAUUUAGGAUCAUAUCGGAACAGGUCAGCCAUCAUCCACCAAUCAGUGCUUUCCAUGCUGAAGGACUUCAGAAGGACUUUGUUUUCCACGGAUCCAUUUAUCCCAAGCUCAAAUUUUGGGGAAAGAGUGUGGAAGCGGAACCCAAAGGUGUUAUAACACUAGAACUUUCCAAACACAAUGAGUCGUAUACUUGGACAAACCCCACAUGCUGUGUGCACAACAUCAUUGUUGGAAAAUUGUGGAUUGAGCAGUAUGGCAACGUGGAAAUAAUCAACCACAAAACUGGGGAAAAGUGUUGCUUGAAUUUUAAACCAUGUGGCCUUUUUGGGAAGGAGUUGCACAAAGUUGAAGGCUAUAUUCUGGAUAAAAGCAAAAAGAAGAUUUGUGCACUGUAUGGCAAGUGGACCGAGUGCCUGUACAGCAUAGACCUGGCCGCAUUUGAUGCACACAAGAAGAAUGACAAGAAGAACGCAGAUGAAAAGAAGAAUAGUAAACCGACAACAAGCUCUGAGGAGACUGAAGAAAUGCCAAUGCCAGAUGCAGAAACUGUUCAGGUUAUUCCAGGAAGCCAUCUUCUCUGGAAGAUAGCCCCUAGGCCUCCAAACUCUACAGAGAUGUACAGCUUCACUACCUUUGCCAUGCAUCUGAAUGAAUUGGACCCAGAAAUGGAGACUGUUAUUCCUAAAACUGAUUGCCGGUUACGACCAGAUAUAAGAGCAAUGGAAAACGGAGACAUAGACUUAGCAAGUGAAGAAAAAAAGAGAUUGGAAGAGAAACAGAGAGCAGCUCGUAAAAAACGUUCGAAGUCUGAUGAAGAUUGGAAGACCAGCAACCCAGCACUGGGCCCCAGCUGGUUCCACCAGGGAUUGAACCCUCACAAUGGCGUGCAAGACUGGCUCUUCUCAAGUGGCUAUUGGGACAGAAAGUAUUCUCACUUGCCUGACAUUUAUUGAUAACAUUUGUUUAUAGCUGGUAGUAUAUGUGGUUAUUCAGAAAAAUUCAGAACCUCAUUGUGUUGUUUUUUCUUUAAAUACUGAAUUAUUGUUAUAAGGCUUAUUCAUGGGUAGGUUGGUAUAAAUAAGAAAAAAGACGGCCCUUAAUUUAGUAAGUGUAGUUCUCAUCACAGUGAAUUCACAGGUAGGCCCUGUAACAAUAAUGUAUCAGGUAUUAACUGGGCAGACCAUCAAGCCAAUAUUUGGUUGUUUCCAUUUCUAACAAGAUGUACAUCAAUAGUUUCAAACAUUUUUUGUUGUUGUUAUUGUCAUAUUAAGACCUACUCAGGCACAAUAACUGUAUUGCAAUACAAGCAUUAUCACGACAAUAACAAUCCUGUAUCCAGUAAUGCUUCGUAUUGUUUAUAGAAUAAAGUAACUCUUCAGUCAUCUAAUUCAUAAAGUUCAUUGUGUGUCUAUCUUCUGUGUAUCCUUCACCAUUUGUGCAAGGACAGAAAUCCAGAACAUUUUGUUUUAUUACUUUCAAAAUGUAGUGUUUUGAGUUGAAUUUGGUAUGUCAUGUUGUGUGUGUUUUUUUUUUGUUGUUUUUUUUUCCCCAAAAGUUCUUGCUUCAGGAAUAAAGAAGCCAUGGAUAAAACCAUUGCUGACUUAGUUAAAUAAAAUGUACAGCUGCUUGUGUAAAGAUUAAUCUUUAUUUGUAAUAAAAUCCAACAGAAUUAUAUUAUGCAGUGGCUGGAUAAUAUUCAUAUUGUAUUCAAUCCAGUGAUGCCACUGUAUAUUUUGUAGAAGUCUCCUAUGUCUUAGAAAAAUGCAUAGCACAUCUAACCUUUAAAAAAUAUAAAAUAAAAAAAAAAUAAGCUGGUAUUUUGUGGUGUUGCACUAAGGACUUCUCUGUACCCUAUUUUAGUUGGGUACGUCAUUCAAAUUAAACUAUAGGGAUAAGAUAUUUAUAUGUGGUAUGGUCUAUCGUGUAGAAAGUUGUAACCACUCUGAAGUUUUAUGUAAAAUAAAUGUUAGACUCACAGGAUUUAAAUUGCUGCUCAAUAAAGGAUUAAAAUCAUGUAUGAAUAAAAUGAGUUGUAUUUUGCUUCCCCAUCUAAUUGUUCACUUGCUCUACGUAUAUAAAUAUUUAAACGUACCUCUAAGGGAAGAUUUAGUUUGCGAAUAUCUCAAACUAUUUGAGAUGCCAACUUCAUAUUUCAGGCAUUUCAUGUCAGCAGUUUUACAGAGCUGUGGUCCCCUCAAAACCUCAAACUAUUGGUAGUUAUUCAGUGUACUGUAACCAAAUGUAUGAAUGCAUUUGUUUCUUAUGAAAAUCGAAUUCACAAUUAACCUAUAUUUUUAAACACUCACUAAUGUAUGUAGUGUGUAUCAGAUUCAUCUUUUUUUAAUGUUACUUUCCCCUUGUUUAGCAUUAAAUUUAACUAUCAAAUUGUGUUGCUUAUGUUUUGUAAAAUUGCAUUGUCUGUCCACUCAACAACCUACAGUACUUGAAUCCAUCUUGUUAAUAAAUUAUGUAAGUUUCUCAGUAAACAAUAGGGUUAAUUAAAUACAGUUAUCAGAUUAGUUUAUUGACAGCUACAAAGGGAAAAUUAACACGAAGUUCACCAAACAGGUCUAGUUCCAGUUUCUUGAUAUCCUUCUGGAAGACAAACUUCUAACCCUAUUGUUAUAAUAAAAGAAGAAACAAUGUUAUUAUAGUAGCAUCCAUGUAUUGGUUGUUUCGCUGUAAUGAGGAUUAGCGACAAUAUUAUUCUACUCCACAGCCCAAUUCCAUCUGGAUUCAGAUGGCUUAUGUAGCUUUG